UUUCUUGCUUGUUAAAACUCUCAAAAAAUCCAAUUAAUUUGCUAGGAAUAAAUAAAUAAUAAUUAUAAUAAUAAUCGGGCCUUUGCUCAAUUAUGUUUCGUAGUACUCGUGCACACUGUGCGGAACCUUUGUGCCGGAACUAAAGUCUCGUUGUCCACACGUUUCCCUCCGGCUCCUUUACGUCACCGGAGCAGCAUGGAGGCUCUUUCAUGAAUGGAUGAAAACCUUGUGUUCGUGUUGACGCUGGAAGAACAAACUGGACUCGUGGUGAUGUUGUGAACGGAUAAACUCGCGUGGAUAUAAAAAAACGAUGGAGUGCGACAUUCUGGACACGCUGGAGCAGCUGGGGUACGACGGGCCCCUGCUGGAGGAGGAGGCGCUGCUCCGGGCCGCAGAGGGAGGCCUUUCCUCGCAGGAGUACGUGGAGCUGUGCCGGUGGUUGGCCUCCAGGCUGCAGCCGCUGUGUGGGCUGGAGGAGACGAUCACGUCCGGUCCAGAGGACGUGGACGGCCUCCAGCUGGAGAUGAGCGGUUUGCUGAAGGAGCUGCACUGUCCCCACGAGGAAGCCGUGUCGGGGAUUCUCAAGGGCGCCGUGCGACACACAAAAGAUCAUCUCAAGUUUGUGUUGUUCCUCAGCUCGGAGCUUCAAACGGCUCAGAUUGUGAGGAGCAGACGAGUCGCCGAUAAACACCAGGAGGAGAAUCCGCUGUUUCAGGACGUUUCAUCGAUCUGUGAGACCCUGAAGCUGCCGGAGCCCAGAGGAGGUGACGCAGAGGGAGUCUUCACCCAAAUCCAAAACACGGUGGAAAAACUCAUCAAAGAGCUUCCUAAUGGUUCCAUUGAAAGUCCAGUUCUGAACAAAUCUCUGAGCACUGAACAGUGGGCGAAGCUGCACGGCAUCAACACGGUCCUGUCCUCAGAGUACGAGUGUCGGCGCAGGAUGCUCAUCAAACGACUCGACGUCACGGUUCAGUCGUUCGGGUGGUCCGACCGAGCUAAGGUGAAGGUGGACAGCAUGGCGAGCGCCUAUCAGCCUAAGAGACACUGUCUGAGGCCACAGUCCCACGUGGACAUGGCCAAGCUGCUGGCGGCCAGAGAGGACAUCUGCAACGUGGUGAAGACGAGCAGCGGCUCCAGCAGAGACAAAACCACUUGCGCCGUCAACAAGGUCCGGAUGGGCCGAGUACCAGACAGAGGGGGGCGUCCCUCCGAGAUUCAAGCCCCGCCUCCCGAGAUGCCAGCCUGGAAGGAAAGACAAGAUGGCGGAGGUGGGUGGGGAGGACGUGGCGGCAGAGGACGUGGAGGAGGAGGAGGCUGGGGACAUGGCGGAGGAGGUGGAGGUGGAUGGAGAGGCGGUCGCGACGGAGGGUGGAACCAAGGAGGACAUGAUGGACACGGAGGGAAGAGAGGACGGUUCUAGCAUUCAAUUUCUAAAGACUUUAUAUUUUUGUGCAGUGAUUUUAUUUUCUUCAUAUGAACUGAAUCCUGCUUCCUGUGUUUUCAUGGACGAGGGACAUUUCCAAAAAACGAAAGCAGACUUUGCAGUAUUCAGAGACAAAUCUUCCUCCUCUGGAUGAUUUCAAAUGCUCCUUUUUUUUUUAUAGAAAACUUAAAUCAGUGUUUUAUUUCCCUUAAUACUCUUGUUGUGAAAAUAUGAGAUAUUAUGUCACUACGAUAGGAAUAAAAAUAGAGAAUCGUUAUCCUGAACAAGGGUUUUUAACUGAUGUAGACAUAAGUUGAGAAAAAUUAGAUUGAUUCAGCAUCUGACUCGUGUUCUAGUUCCUCUGAAAGAUUAACUAUAAAAUAUCAAUUAUUACCUCAUUUAUCAGCUCUACACACGACUGUAAUUCUCUUUGAUCUCUGGAUUUGUAAAGAAAAAAAAUAAAGAAUUAUGAUGUAA